UAUGGGCAGGGUCUUCAGGGGUAUUAUUGUACAGUGCGAAUGAUUUGACUGGACUGAGGUCGUACGUACUGGUUCGCUUGUUGUUCGUGUGCGAUCAGAGGAAUUUAUGAUGGCACAGUUUGGAAAAUGGGUGAUGCUGGCUGUCCUGUGCUUUAUUGGUGAAACCGUACUUGGAGCACCUACUAAAGGCAGGUAUGUGUGGCUGAGGUGUCGUCCGGAUGUCAAGAAUGCAAAUUGUGUGCAAGAGAAAGGUCCCAUGAUUAAUCUGGAUAAAUAUCCAGAUGCCCCAAAACGACUUCCACAAAGUGCUGUCCAAGAAGUACUGCCAAAAGACACUGGCCUGGAACCAGAGGAGCAGUCAGGCGACAAUGCCGGGGCUGGAAAGCACAUUCCUGCCUUCGCUGACCGCGGCUCCGGAGACCAGUUGGUUAUGGACAGCCCAAUGCAGGACGUACCGGAGGGCUCGGGAAUGGAGGAGGGGAGUGCCGAUUUUGAUUACACCAACAUCGUCUACCCAGAAAAAGUGCCCUACUGGGAAGAGUAUGAAAAUAACUUCAUACAGUAGCUUGCUUAAAAAUGCCAGCCAGGUCUGUGUUGGUCACUUAUAAAAACCCCUCAGGAGCAGAUGUCACGUUAAAAUUGUUUCAUCCCAGUUAAUUUUGUUUUGAUAACUUAAGCCUGUAAUUCACCAGUGUGCUUUUUAUACCACACUGUGGGUUUGCAUAUAUUAGGACCAAUGAACAGUAUCUGUCUGUAAUGUGUGUAUUUUAGUUUGCCACUAAGUCACUCCACGGUCUCUUUUUACCUUAGCUUUAUCUUAGUCCCCUUAAUUAUGGCAAUAUGUUAUUGAAUUUAACUAAACAUGCACUUUCCUGCAAACCAAAAUUGUGAUAUCUAUACCUGAUAAGUUUAUUACACAACUGUAUGCCUUAAGUUGGGUGUACAUCUUUUGCUUGCAGUUUUUAUAUCGGUAUUUGUUAUUUGUUGUUGUUUUAUUUAGUUUUGAGUUCAAAGUACAUUAUAGACUAAAUACUGAACAUUUCAUAUUUACACUUAACUUACUGCACAUUUGUCAGUAACACAUACGAGUUCAGACAUCUUGGUUUCACAGUAAGUGCAGUGUAUGUUGAACAUUGUACAUUUCGACCACACUGUCACACAAAGUUGAUUUGGAAGAACAAAACUAUGCAAUAAAAUGAACUGUGUUAAACUAAGGCACUUUAAAGAUAAAUGUUUCAUUGCUGGUGAAGUUGUUUAAUUCUGAAAUGGUCUAAAUGUAAUGAGAUUGUAUUUCCCCACUCUGAUGAUCCAUACAAGCUAAUAAAUUGUGUUGACAGAUA